AUGAGAUGUACGAGCGACGAGUCGUGUGAGCCUUCGGGACAUUGUCUGUCGAGCGGAGAGUCUUCGGACAACGGGGCCGACGACUCACCCGAAUUGUUGACGGGUGUCAUGAAUUCGGGCCCAAUGGUCACAUCGGGUGCCACUACUUAUGCACAGUUGGAAAAUGCAUUACCACUUAAUUACUUGAAUGAAGUCAAUCUAAUCAACAAUAAGAUCACAAAUCGUCAAUUGAUAUCUCAAUUGACUAAUAGUAACGCGCUAUCGAACACAUCCCAGUCGACAGUGCCGUCCAUAUCAUCUCUGGUGACGACCUCAUCGGCGCUACAGUUGAUGCCAAACACAGCGACAAUCAGUAGUUCAGCAAAAUUGGGAACAAUUGGAACCAAUGCUAAAACCAAUCAAACAAUACAUAUGAGUCACGCGUCCGCUCAACAGUUGUUAAGCGCCGGAAAUAUACUAUUGUGUGCCAACGGAAACCAAAUAACAAUACCCACUGCCCAGUCCUCAUCCAACGCACCCACACUUAUGUAUAAUCCAACGCAAGGACUGGUUUACGCUACGGCCGGCGUCGCAACUUCUGCGGCCAAUCAUAGCACCGGCACUGAAAUACUCAUCAAUAAUAACACAUUUUCACACUUACAACAAUCACAACAACAACAACAGUCAAAGACCAGUAAUCAGACAUCGGGUGCCAAACGAGGAGAUGGAGCUAAAAAGCAACGAAUGAAAUAAUUGCAACUAAUCUUAAUUUUGCAUAAAAAGCAUAAAAAUUGAUUUUUAUAUACAAAUUAUAGUAAUUUUAAAAAGAGAUGAGAAAAUAGUUUUAAUUUUUAAAUUAUAAUAAUCUAUUUUAUGCAUUAAAUCCGGAAUAUAUAUUAAUAUAAUAUUUCUUUAUAAUAAGUGCCC